AUGGAAGCUGGCAGUGUAGGUUUGUCUCUCAUCAUCUGGGUUGCUUGUGGCAUCUUCUCUAUGAUUGGUGCUUAUUGUUAUGCUGAACUUGGAACCAUGAUUCUACGCUCAGGUGCAGAUUAUGCAUACAUAUUUGAAGCCUUUGGGGAAUUCCCUGCUUUUUUGCGUCUCUGGGUUGAAUGCAUGAUCGUACGGCCAUGUUCCCAAGCCAUUGUUGCACUGACUUUCUCCUAUUAUGUGAUAGAGCCACUUUUUCCAGAUUGUGAUCAGCCAGGUCUUGCUGUGCGCCUUCUUGCAGUUAUUGCAAUUUUGGUUCUAACAUUUGUGAAUUGUAAGGAUGUGAAGUGGGCAACCCGUGUCCAGGAUAUUUUUACGUAUGCUAAAGUUUUGGCGUUAUUGCUUAUCAUCAUUACAGGAUUUGUCCAGCUUGGCAAAGGAAAUGUGGAAUAUUUUGACAAUUCAUUCCAAGAUUCAGAAAGUGAUGUAACAAAAAUCUCCCUGGCAUUUUAUUCUGGCCUUUUUGCUUACAAUGGAUGGAACUACCUGAACUUUGUCAUUGAAGAGUUAAAAGACCCUUACAGAAAUCUACCUCGAGCUAUUUGGAUUUCAAUCAUCAUGGUUACUGUCAUUUAUGUGUUAGCCAAUGUGGCUUACUUUUCAACUGUAAGUCCUGCAGAAAUAAAAUCCGGAGCUGCCGUUGCUGUGAUGUUUUCCAAGAGAAUUUAUGGAAUCAUGUGGUGGAUCAUGCCAAUCUUUGUCUCUCUCUCAACAUUUGGUGGAAUAAAUGGGGUCCUCUUCACUUCAUCAAGACUGUUCUUUGUUGGUGGUCGUGAGGGUCACAUGCCUCAAGUAAUGAGCUAUGUAGCAGUUAAUAACCUCACCCCAAUGCCUGCUGUCUUGUUCAUGGGAAUUCUGUCUUUGUUUUAUUUGGUGUCAUCUGACUUGUACGCUCUCAUCAAUUAUGUGUCAUUUGUCAACUGGAUGGCCAUUGGCUUAUCUGUUGCUUCUCUGCUUUAUUUUCGAUAUACUCAUCCAGAAUGGCAAAGACCAAUCAAGGUGCAUUUGGUUUGGCCUAUCAUAUAUACAAUUGGAUCUAUUUUUCUUAUCCUUUUGCCAUUAUAUGCCAAGCCUGUUGAAACUGGAAUCGGUUGCUUGAUUAUUGCCAGUGGCAUUCCUGUUUAUCUAAUUUGUGUGGCCUGGAAAAGUAAACCAAGGUUCAUCCAGAAACUUACAAGUGAUGGAACAAUUUGGCUUCAGAAAUUGUUAAUGGUUGUUCCUGAAGAGAAGAGAAACGUUUAA